UAUCUCUCCUUUCAUUUCCAUGCAUGCAAAAAUAUUUCUCUCUAGAAAAAUAAAAUUCAAUUUUUCUCUCCCAUUAUAAACGGAUAUAUUCAUCGAAAAUUAAAUUAAAAAGAUCGAUCAAUCAUCGAUCAAUGGGACAACAAACGUUGAUUUAUAGCUUCGUUGCCAGAGGAACAAUAAUUCUGGUUGAGUAUAGUGAAUUCACAGGAAAUUUUAGCAGCAUUGCAACUCAAUGUUUGCAGAAGCUACCUCCAUCUAGUAACAAAUUUUCGUAUAAUUGUGAUGAUCAUACGUUCAAUUUUCUCUCCGAUAAUGGAUUCAGCAGGGAAAUUCCUCUUGCCUUCUUGGAUAGAGUGAAGAAUGAUUUUAGCAAGAAAUAUGCUGGAGGCAAAGCUGCAACUGCUAGUGCUAAAAGCCUCAAUAGGGAAUUUGGGUCAAAAUUAAAAGAGCAUAUGAAAUAUUGUUGUGAUCAUCCUGAAGAAAUCAGUAAGCUUUCUAAGGUCAAGGCUCAAGUUUCUGAAGUUAAGGGAGUUAUGAUGGAAAACAUUGAGAAGGUUCUUGAUCGUGGUGAGAAGAUUGAGCUUCUAGUCGAUAAAACAGAUAAUCUUCGAUCACAGGCUCAGGACUUCAGACAACAGGGUACAAAGAUAAGGAGGAAGAUGUGGUAUGAAAAUAUGAAGAUAAAACUGGUUGUCUUUGCCAUCAUCUUGGUCCUGAUUCUCAUUAUCAUUUUAUCUGUCUGCCCUGGCUUCAAAUGCACUUCGUGAUUCAAUCUUUUAAGGUUCUUAGCACUGAACUCGUUUUACUUGUAAAAUUGUAAGUUCAGAAUUCAACAUUUGUUGAAAUCUUGGCGGUUUUUCAGACAUAUGUCUAUGUUCCGUGUCAAAAAUACUGCAUUCAGUUGAACCAAAUGGUCAUAGGUUCCAUCCGUCUAUACGGACCCGUUGUUGAUGUUAAACUUACCCAUCAGUCAGAAUGUUUUCCUUACAACAGGAGUUUAGCUCAUGAAGAGCUUGUAUUUUGAUGUAAUGUAUGGGUAAUUUAGAGUUGGUUGCUUCAAAAUGCUAAGAAAAAACAAAUCUAUAAAACAA